GCAGUUGCAGUGCUGGGGUUACUUCCCGCAAGCCGGUGGUUGCGGCUGUGGGCUGUGACCGGUUGUGAUCCGCACGGAUCGGAAAAAUGUCCGCCACGGGCCCCCCAGCAGGGCAGCACAACGGUGAGAGCGACCACAGGCAUAGACUAGCCCAAGGUCAGCCAUCAUCGGCAUACAGACAGUAUCCAUCAGCUCACAGUGCAGCCCCUGCAUUCUACUCCCAAGUGCCGAGUAAAGUUGCUCCUUCGUACAUGGAUGGCCAACAUGGAGAUAACUAUUACUCCAGCAGCUAUGCAGCUUUGCCCCAAAACCCUCCACCACAUCCUAUCCAUCCUAAUCUUGUGAGCACAAGUCAACAAGCACACCAGUUGUAUCACACGUCACCUCAAGGUUACCAUAUUCCAGUAUCACAAGGAGUAGGGCCUUCAACAGUUAAUGCAAAUCCUGGUUUCCAGCAGCCACACCCUGCAAUUGCUAGUGAAUAUGGUUAUGCAUCAUAUCCUGUCACUUCAUCAUGUCCACCUCAGGGAAUGCCCACUUAUUCUGGCCAAUAUGCGUCCUCCACAGCUGGUAGUACACAAUAUGCAGGAUCACUUCGACCGUCAGUCCCGUGUGAGUAUGGACAAAUGAUGGCCUCCCAAAGCAUUCAAGCCAUCCCUCAGGUCAAUAAUAAUGCAAAUAAGUUCUUGGUUGGGGGUGGCCCUUCAGUUCUUCAUCAUAAUUUGCAUCAACAUAGUGCACCGGCAGUGCCAGGUGCAGAACAGCAAAGGUUCCUUGAUGGUCAACUGCAAAACCAUGGUGUCUCUUCACUUGAGAAACACCAUCCAUCGAGUACAGUGUCUUCUGCGUUCCCUGUGUCCAGGCAGAAUGCAGAUAGCAUGCAAACGUCUUUUGGAUUACCUUCAGUUACAUCCCUCGCUCAGCACCCUACAGCUGGGAACCAGACAUCGGGAGCUCUAGUGUCUACUGGACAAUCUCCCCAUCCACCAGUACAAGAAGGCAUGCAGUAUGCUGGAUAUGUCAAUAAUCAAGCUAACUCUGCACCAUCUCCCUUGUCAUCCAGCUCAGACGAUGAUGAGGAAGAGGAGGAUGAUGAGGAAGCAGGUAUUGAUGAAAGUUCCUCCACCACCAGCAGUUCAUCCUCAGAGCCGAAAAAUUAUGAUGUCCUUGAAGGGGGAGGUUACACAGAGGCACCACCGAGUGGCCCAUCUCUUACCAAUGUCUCCAAACCUGCUAAGGCAAUUGGCCAUGGAUACCCAGCACUUCAACCUGGCUACCAAAAUGCCACAUCACAACAGAACUCCCAGUCUAAUACUCCUGUUCACCAACCUAGCUAUUCACAGUAUUCUACGCAUUACAACCAACUGCCAGCUUCUCUUGGAGGAUUAAGUCUUCAACAGGCUCAACAACCAGAAGGCCUGCGACCUGUGAACCUAAUUCAAGAUAGGAAUGUCCUCCCUCCAUCCACCUUGCCUGCUCCAGCUCCUAACAUGAGUUUGGACCUUAGAAAGUUAAACUGCAAUCCAGAUUAUUUUAGGUGCACACUUAAUGGUAUUCCACAUACCCAAGCUCUGUUGAAUAAAGCCAAGCUCCCACUAGGACUACUACUUCAUCCUUUCAAAAGCAAACCGCACAUGCCUGUGAUAUCUCCCGGUACCAUUGUAAGAUGCAGAACUUGUAGAACAUACAUAAAUCCUUUCGUAUCGUUUAUUGACCAGCGGAGGUGGAAAUGCAACCUUUGUUACAAAGUGAAUGAUGUACCUGAAGAAUUCAUGUAUAAUCCAGUAACUCGAUCCUAUGGAGAGCCUCACAAAAGACCCGAAGUUCUGAAUCCUUCAAUAGAAUUUAUUGCUUCUUCUGACUAUAUGCUGCGGCCUCCUCCUCCAGCAGUAUAUCUCUUUAUUCUAGAUGUGUCCUACAAUGCUGUAGAAUCUGGAUAUUUAAAAAUCUUUUCACAAGCUCUCCUGGAUAAUUUAGACAGGUUGCGUGGAGAUUCCAGAACAAGAAUUGGAUUUAUUACAUUUGAUAGCAAAGUCCACUUUUACAAUUUGCAGGAAGAUCUGUCUCAGCCCCAAAUGCUGAUUGUUUCAGACUUAGAUGACAUUUUUUUACCUACACCUGAUGGACUACUUGUAAAUCUGCAUGAAAGCAUAGAGCUCAUUAAAGAUCUAUUAACUGCUUUGCCCAAUAUGUUUAACAACACCCGAGAAACACACAGUGCCCUGGGCCCUGCUCUUCAAGGAGCUUUUAAACUUAUGUCUCCAAUGGGUGGACGGAUUUCAGUGUUUCAGACUCAGCUGCCAUCUCUGGGUGCAGGGCUUCUACAUUCUAGAGAGGAUCCUAAUCAGAGAUCAAGCAUCAAGGGAGUGCAGCAUUUGGGUCCUGCUACAGACUUUUACAAGAAACUGGCUCUAGAUUGCUCUGGACAGCAGACUGCAGUUGAUUUGUUUCUUUUAAGUUCUCAAUAUUCUGAUCUCGCCUCGCUAGCGUGUAUGUCAAAGUACAGUGCAGGGUCUGUAUAUUAUUAUCCAUCAUUCCAUGCAACUCACAAUCCAGCUCAGGCAGAUAAAUUAAAGCAAGACCUCAAUCGUUAUCUCACCAGAAAAGUUGGAUUUGAAGCAGUAAUGCGAAUACGUUGCACUAAAGGUCUCUCCAUACACACUUUUCACGGGAAUUUUUUUGUGCGUUCCACGGACCUAUUGUCUCUCGCAAAUGUUAAUGAAGAUUCUGGUUUUGCAGUACAGAUGUCUGUUGAAGAAAAUCUGACUGACACAUCUCUGGCAUGCUUUCAGGUUGCACUUCUUUACACUUCUAGCAAAGGUCAGCGGAGGAUUCGAGUACACACACUUUGCUUGCCUGUGGUGAAUUCAUUGCCCGAUGUUUUCGCAGGCGUUGAUGUACAAGCAGUUACCUGUCUCUUGGCUAACAUGGCUGUUGAUCGAUCAAUCACAUCAAGUCUUUCAGAUGCCAGAGAUGCGUUGGUAAAUGCAGUGGUGGACUCUUUAUCAUCUUACAACUCAACACUUUCAAAUCUACAGCAAUCCACAUUAGUAGCACCGCAGUCUCUCAAACUAUUUCCCCUCUACAUUCUCUCCCUUCUGAAGCAAAAAGCCUUCAGGACUGGCACCAGCACACGUCUAGAUGAUCGAGUCUUUGCUAUGUGCCAGAUGAAAUAUCAGCCUCUGGUUCAUCUGAUGAAAAUGAUUCAUCCAAAUCUCUACAGGGUAGACCGGCUCACUGAUGAGGGUGCUAUCCUUGUAAAUGACUGGACUGUACCACAACCAUGCCUUCAGGCCUUGUCUGCAGAAAAACUAUCAAGAGAUGGAGCUUUCUUGAUGGAUUCUGGCUCAUCUCUCUACCUCUGGGUAGGAAGAAAUUGUGAAACAAAUUUUUUGAAGGAUGUACUAGGAUUCCCCAAUUAUGCAUCAGUUCCACAAAGGAUGAAUCAUCUUCCUGAGUUAGACACAUUGGCAUCAGAAAGACUGAGACAUUUUAUAUCUUGGCUCAAGCAAGAUAGUCCUUUGAACCCUAUUCUUUAUAUCAUAAAGGAUGAUAGUGCAGUGAAGACUGACUUUUUCCAGCACUUAAUUGAAGACAGAACAGAGGCCGCAUUCUCCUAUUAUGAAUUUUUGCUGCAUAUUCAGCAACAGAUUUGCAAGUGAAAGAAGCAGAAUUUUGGUGGAAACAAACCAGGUUGACACAAUGCUGAAAUCAUUCCCGUACUUUGACGUACUCCAAUACAAAGCCGAAUUGAAAAGUUGAUGGACGCUGAACUGGAUUUUUUUUUUUUUUUUCAGGUUUGAAUCAGUGUAAAACAAGUAUACAGAAGAAAAUUCUUUCUGUAACGGUCAUUUUCUGCAGGUUUGUGUGUGUUAUGUGAUAUGGUGCUGUUUGUUUACGUGGAACAAUGAAUCCAAGAGCUAUUUUUUUCCUAUAUCUGAAACCAUUAGAUAACGUUUUUUUGUUAUAAACGUAUGAUAUUUCUUCCAGAAAUGAAGAGAUGCCAAAGGGCAAUGUUAAACACAUCUUUGAACUUGUUUUUAAUGUAAUCCUUUACAAUGCUUGGCAUUCUUGACCUGGAAGACUAGAAUUUGCAUAUAUUAGUAGAUAAAUACAGAUCUAAUGUAUAUAUGACUGCUUUUGUAAAGUAUGUGUAAAAAUGUAACUACAGACAAUGAAUUGCUCACGUGUGCAGCAGUGAUGAGUGAACUGUUUAUGACUGAUUUGGGUUUACUGAGAGCUGCCGUUUCAUCAGAAGACACAGCAUUUCAUCUUGUGUUAUAUUAUUUGUAUUGAUUUAUUUAUGACGUACAUACCAAUUAAACAUAUUUUGCUUGAUAAAGUGGUUUUAUACUUAUGCAAGCAAUAUUUUAAAGAUCAACGUCUGAAUAUAUAGACACGUCCUUAUUAAGAUGUAUUUUACUGUUUUGUUUCUCUAAAUAAUUAAAGGUUUAAAACUAAA